GAAAUUUGGUUCUCACUGCACUGAUACGGCAAGACAGUCUGCCUCUUAGCUGCCUCGGCAUUAGCCCGAUCUGGAGUCAUUUAAUUAACACGUAAAGGCAGCUGCUGAUAUGUCGGAUUUCGAGGAAUUUGAGAAACAGCUGAGCGAAAAUCGUCAGGAGAGAGAGAAAGAGAGGCACAAGAAGAGAAGCCGCAGUGGAUCUCCGGGCCGAGGCGACAAACAUCGCAGCUGGAGCAAAGACAGGACCAGCCGCAGCCGGGAGAAGCGAAGCCGCAGCAGAGACAGGAAGAGCCGCGACCGGAGGAGCUCCUCCCGGGACCACAAGAAGCACAGCUACUCUCCAAGGCGAACAAGGAAGAAAAGGACCUGCAAAUACUGGGAUGUGCCACCCCCUGGCUUUGAACACAUCACACCAAUGCAAUAUAAAGCUAUGCAAGCGGCUGGGCAGAUACCAACCAUAGCUCUGCUGGCAACGUCCACCACCAGCGGAGUGGCUGCAGCGCCAACCCAAGUGCCCAUCGUCGGCAGUCAGAUGACAAGACAAGCCAGACGCCUUUAUGUUGGCAAUAUUCCCUUCGGGGUAACUGAGGAGUCCAUGGCAGAGUUCUUCAAUGCCCAGAUGCGCCUUGCAGGCCUUUCGCAAGCCCCUAGCAACCCUGUGCUCGCUGUGCAGAUUAAUCAGGAUAAGAACUUUGCAUUCCUAGAGUUUCGAUCUGUAGAUGAGACGACGCAGGCCAUGGCCUUUGAUGGAAUCAUUUUCCAAGGUCAGUCUCUGAAGAUUAGAAGACCUCACGACUAUCGGCCUUUGCCUGGUAUUUCAGAGCAGCCUGCUUUCCACGUCCCAGGAGUCGUCUCCACAGUCGUCCCCGAUUCCCCCCAUAAACUGUUUAUAGGAGGCCUGCCUAACUAUCUUAAUGAUGAUCAGGUAUUCAACUCAAAACCGAUAAAACAGGUAAAGGAGCUCUUGACCUCAUUUGGGCCUCUCAAAGCUUUCAACCUUGUCAAGGACAGUGCCACAUCACUGUCAAAAGGUUACGCUUUUUGUGAAUACGUAGACAUCAGCGCCACUGAUCAGGCAGUCGCUGGCCUCAACGGAAUGCAACUGGGCGACAAAAAACUCAUAGUCCAAAGGGCUAGCGUGGGGGCUAAAAACGCCAAUCCUACCUCCAUCAUAGAGACUCCGGUAACGCUGCAGGUCCCUGGGCUGCAGAGGCUGCAGAACUCGGGCAUGCCCACAGAGGUGCUCUGUCUUCUCAACAUGGUGAUGCCCGAGGAGCUGGUGGAUGACGAGGACUACGAGGAGAUCCUGGAGGACAUCCGCGAGGAGUGCUGCAAGUACGGCAGCGUUCGCUCCAUCGAGAUCCCUCGGCCCGUCGAUGGGGUGGAGGUCCCUGGCUGUGGGAAGAUCUUUGUGGAGUACGUUUCCGCUGCGGACUGUCAGAAAGCCAUGCAGGCCCUCACCGGCCGCAAGUUUGCCAACAGAGUGGUGGUCACCAAAUACUACGAUCCGGACAUGUAUCACAGACACGAGUUUUGAAAGCACAGACACGUGUGACGGGGAGCGUCCUGAGAAGGUGUGUCCUCCCAUUCUUCCCCUUCUUAAGCUUGGUUUCAGCACAUUGGCGCUAGGGUUUGUUUAAUUCUCCAGUAUUUACUUCUUUAAAUGUCGUGAGCGUGUCUUUAGAGACUAGACCUGGAAAAAACUUGUUUUAUUACCCACUCCACAUCUUCUGCAUACUCUCCUGGACUCCAGAGUGUAUUUUCUCCAGUACCGACUAUCUAACUCCCAGCCUUAGCCUAACGCGUGUACAGUCAACUGAUCUCAUUCUCAAAGAAAAAAACACUGUAGUAUACAUUACAUUUGCAGUAGAAUGAAUGUCACAUAUAUCUUACCUGAACCCUACUAACAUUGCCUGACGAUGCCAGAGUAGCUGUCUAUCAAGUAUGCACUAUAUGAGAAAAACAGUCAAAUGUUUAGAUUUUCCUUCGGAGCACAAUUUAUUUCUCUGUGAGAGAUGACAACUGUCUCUUUUAGAUUUAGAUAUGAAAAGCCAUCAUAAUGUUUACUGUGUGGCUAUAAGAAAAAAAAAAAUCUAUAUAUAUAUGUAUGAAUAUUGUUUUAUUUAUUUAUUUUUGCUAACUUGUUUCGUUUCUCCUUCAUGUCACAUAUUAAUGUUAUUCCUUAACCUUAUACGAUGCUUAACUCAAACUUGUACUGCUAAUAUAACCGAGCAAAUGUCUAAUUGUUUUGUGAGGAAAAAAAAAAAAAGUAUUGAUUUUGCUAGAAGGCCUCAAAGGUCAUUCUUUGAAAACUGUAAUUUUGUAUAUAGUAAAUAUUAAUGUCAAAAGAUGAAUAAUAUUAUCAGAUUGAUCAUGCACACUUUUAUUGGAAACAACCUGAAUUAGGGCUUUUUUAAAAUUUAUUUUAUUUUGAUUUAUUUUUUUGAUUUAUUUUUUUUUUGCAUAAAAGUGCUGAGCUUCCAUGUUGUGGUUAAGGAGAGUGAGAAGUGUCUUGGUUGACGAUGAUUCUAUGAGACACUGGUGAUCGUGUCCAUGUUACCAGCAAUAGACAUUUUGAUUCCAUGAUUUAUAAUUUGCAAAAUCAUAACUCCGUCCUCAUUUGUCUACUUAACAAAGUAAACAUCUUGAUCAAUGCACCUUUCAAACCUUUUAAAGAUAACAUACCGAAUGAAGUUUUUAAUUAUUUAUCGAGCUUCAUUUCCUCCUGUGUGCUGCUGUUUUGCAUCCCUUGUAGAACAUAUAUUAAUUUAAACCAUUAAUUUAUUAUGGAAUUUGUUUUUUGUUUUUUUUUUUGUUUUUUGAGCUGCUUGAAGAGUGCAGGCACAAAUAUAUCCAAACAAAUUGGUGUAUGAUAUAAUUUAUUUCAAAUAUACCAGAAAUGUGGAUAUGAGUAAAAUAUGUAUUUGGAUAUUACCAAGUUUGCAGGUACAGCAAACAGUUCACUCUGUUUAAGAGUAACCAAAAUGUAUUUUAAUGUAAUAUGUGCAACAUAUCAAAUGAUAAUAAACAACUACUGUAUUUUUUACAUUUUUGGAUGGCCAAUAAUUGACAGCAGUUUUAGUUUGUACAAUUCCUGCCACUGCCAUUGCCUUGAAUAAAUGCUUGCAUUCACUGUCA